ACCUUGAAAUUUAUUCGGAUAUUCUGCCCGUUCCGACGUCUAGAGUGAGAACCACAUUUGAUCAGACAUCUAAAAUGAAUCGCCAGCCUCAAGGAGUGGUUCUUUAUCAAAGGCCAGCUCAGCAUUGUAGCAGCCAAGGCUGUACUAAGUGUCUACUAAUUUUUUUCACUGUCAUCUGUUUACUUGUCGGUUUCAUCUUGACCAUGGUGGGUCACCUUGCGAAGCCAUUUUGGGGCCCAGAAGACGAUUGGUGCGACUUUUGCCGAGAAGACAGGUUGGAACCAGAACGAAAUUUGAAGAAUUGUCGGAUUGUUGGACCAGCCUUUCUUGCGAUCGGAGGCGUCUUGCUCGUCAUUUCGAUCUGUUAUUGUCAGGUCCAAAACAAAGGAAAUCAAGGUCAAGUUAUAACCGGACCGCCCUCCACUCAAACUUUAUCUACAAGUCAAGCGGGUCCUGGGGCGGUUACAACUUCUCAGUAUCCUCCAGGCAACACAUUUGGACCUCAACAACCUUAUGGGCAAGCGUACGGAUAUCAACCGGGACCUUACCCGAAUAACCCGCAACCGCCCGCUGCGGGACCUUAUCCACAGUAUCCGACAGGACAAGCGUAUCCUCCGCAAACACAACACCCUUACCCACCGCAAAGUGGACAAGGUUACUCGCCAUAUCCAACAACAGAUAUGCCGCCUCCACCGUCCUAUGAAAGUGCUACAAACCAAAGUGCUACCCCAAGUGCUCCUCCCAUGGAGAAAGUGGUUUAGAUAUUUCAUGUAAAAAAACUGCUUUAAUUCCUAAAUCUUUAGGAGAGGCAUGAUGUGAUAGUACACCGACUGCUUCAUUCCAAUCUCUCCCAACAAAUGGAAAAAGAGAAAAAAAGAAGCCCUUAAUUCAAAAGUAAAAGAAAGAUUGGAAAAUUAAAUUACUACUGACAGUACUGGGGUGGUUCCUAUUCUAGAACAGAAAAUGCUAUAUAUCCUUAUCAUAGCGGUUCUUGAUCUCUCUGCUUCUUUGUUAUAAGCUAAAUUAUGCACACAACUCGAUUGGUUAUACCCUAUAUUGGAGAACUGACAUUUCUUUAGCUUAUAAAAUUCAUAGAUUCAAAAUUGUGGUAGGUUUGUUCUGUAAUAAAUCACAGACAAGGUGAAAUUUUUUUUACAAGACCAUCAGUGACACACUUGGCUGUGCCUUGUGAAUCCAGAGACUGAAAGUAAAAAAAUUAUUGUUACUAAUAUAAAGAUGGUUUGGGUGAGUUUCCCAGCUUCACAACCUUUGAACCCACAGGUUUUUUUUUUAGCUUUUUUAUUUGUUACGGUGGCCAAUUUACAAUUUCAACUUAGUUGAUAUAACCAAUUAUCUUGUUACCCCCACCGACCCAGCACCACAGUUUCUUUAGAAACUUUCAGCCUUUAUUCUUUGAACCCACAUCCAGUUUAGGAUGGGAAAUGAAAAUAUUAGCAAAAGGGAUAGGUAACUUAGCAAGCUAAACCAGAAGUAAGCUAUGGCUAUUGAUGUUACUACCUAAUCCUGCUUAGGGGAUGGCAUCAUUAUCUCAGGAUGAAUAAUUUAUUUAUCAGGACUGAAGUAUUUUGAUUCAGAAUGUUUGAUGUUUUUACCAAUAUUUAAUCCCAUACUCCUUGACUUUAUGUAAACAUUAUUAUCCACGACUGACAAUAGUAAUUUAUCUUUGUUAUUUUUCAUUGAAGAACUGUUUUGAUGAUCACACUUAAUCAAGUCAAUGAGAGUGUUAGAGUGGGCAAAGUUUUUAUUGAUAUCUGAAGAUGAACAAUUAAUUUAUCAAGACUGAAGUAUUUUGAUUCAGAAUUUUUACAAUGAGAGCAGCACUUGGUCAGCUCAUGUUUUAAAGUCUCAGACUGCAGUACGGAAGAAUGAGGUUCAAGCCUCAGACCAGACUGAAACUCAAGGUCUUAAAUAAACUGAGGAGAAUGUA